CAUUUUAAAACGUCUCAGUUGAAUCUUUAUCAUUUCGGUAAAUCUUUAUUUUGAAGUAUAUUUACAUCAAAGUAUAAAAAUAUGCCUGGGACAAAUGCGUGCCAUGUAGGAACCAUUGCCAAAACGUCAGUGUCGUAGCCGAGAUGUAUUAAUUGUAGGGGAAACAAUGAAACAGACGGCAUGAGAACGACUUCAGAACAUUUUAUUUUUGUGGGAUUCUUUCUUGAAGAUUAAGGUUUUAAAAUAUACUGAAAUCAAGGAUCAUCAGGCCACCAACGUUAUGGACCCAAUUAGGAGAACCACUGUGCCAGAGGACAUGGUACAGUACUAUCUUUACUUGGUUAAGCCCAACCUCACUGACACACAGGCUGACGAACUACAUCUGCAACACCUGGUGGAAGAGAUUUUGGCCAAGUUUGCAACUCUCCUUGUGCAGUACAUUUGGCAACAACAGCCAUUCAACCUCAAGUACCACCCUGCGAAAGGGGGAGAUCCUGCACACAUUGGAGGCAGCACUUUGUUUGGGGACAACAUCGAGGAUGAGUGGUUCAUUGUAUACCUCCUUCUGCAGAUCACACAAGCCUUUCCUGAACUUGCUGCCAGGGUAGAGGACAAUGAUGGGGAGUUCCUUCUGAUCGAAGCAGCAGAAUAUCUUCCCAAGUGGUUGAACCCAGAGAGCAGUGAAAACAGAGUUUUCCUUCACAGAGGAGAGCUGUAUAUCCUGCCAUGUCCGUCCCGCUCUAGUGAUGUUGGCCUGUCUAAGGACAUUGUUCCCAGUGUUACCCAGUCUCUGGCGCUUCUUUCUUCCCACACACAAGCCUGUCUGGCCAGCCCCAAGAUCAGCGCUGCCCUGGGGAAGAGACUGGAGGGAUAUCCAGAGAAGAUCCAGGCAAACCUUCACCGUGCCCACUGUGUCCUGCCCGUGGGCAUCGCUACCGUGUUGUCACAGCGGCCAGACCUGGUUGCCUCGGCUGUGUCAGCUUUCUACUUGAGAGAUCCAAUCGAUCUCCAGGCGUGUCGAACGUUCCGGACCUUCCCCACCGACACGCAAGUCCUAACCUCGGUGACGUUCACCCGUUGUCUCUACGCCCAGAUGCUGCAGCAGCAUUUCACCCCCGACCGGAGGAGUGGAUUCACCCUGCCUGCCCGCUCUCAUCCUCAGUACCGUGCAUACGAGCUCGGCAUGAAACUGGCCCAUGGCUUUGAGAUCCUGUGUUCCAAGUGCCGACCGCCAUCGUCAGAACCUGACGCUCCCAUCACCUGUAACCCAAUGUGGAAAAGACUAUUGAACAAUUUGAAGCAGAAUGGUUAUUUCAGAGGCGAGCUGGAGGGCUCUGCACGUUACAGAGAACUGUUGACCACAGCAGAGAACUUCUUUAAGCAGUCAGUCAUGCCAAUAGAGAGCUCGGGUGGGAAGUCCCCAGGUGAGGAGGUCCUUCAAAUACUCCAGCGCUGUGCUCCCUUCAAUAUGGAUGAGCUGAGGAAACAGGAGGCCCAUCUACCCCCAGAGGACAGUGACAGUUGGCUGGAUAUUUCAGCCAAGGAAUUGGAGCGUCUGUUGGAGGACAGAGGUGGAGGAGUGGGUUGCUCAAAGCCCAGCCUAAUCAAACAGACACUGGUGGGAAGGAGUGAGGAGGAGGAGAAGGAGGGAGAGGAGGAGGACGGCUACAGCCUGGUUGCUGUGACACAGGGGAUGAAGAAAUUCAUCAGUGCCAUGUCUUCACAUGAGGGGGCUGAACUCCCCUGGGUGGAUUCAAAUCAGCCUUUCAGGUUUGAUCCAGACUCCAUGGCCAGCGCACUGGACAGACUACUAGGGUAUAAGGACGAGGAGUUGGACUCAGAUGACCUAGAUGAAGAUUAUGAUGAUGAGGAGGACGAUGCAGAAGAGGAGGAUUCUGUGGGACCACUAGGGACUAAAGGAGCAGAGGCUUUGGGUGGUCUUAAGAAGUACAUGGAUGAGAUGGACCAUGAGCUUAUGGGCACCAACAUUGGACAGAGCUUUAACCAGAAAGACACCAAUAAAGAAAGCCCAGCAGCCAGCGACUGUCCCCGGUCCCCCAGCACGGAGGGUCUGCUGGGUGAGGAUGAGGAGGUGAUCCAGCCCUUGGACAUAGACCUGAACCUGGUCACUAACCUGUUGGAGUCUCUGAGCUCCCAGGCUGGGCUGGCCGGGCCGGCUUCUAAUCUGCUGCACAGUCUGGGCGUCCAUCUGCCUCCUAAUACUGACCGCUCAUGAACACCAGCCCCCCCCCCCAAUUGGACUUCAUGAACACCUGCCCCCCCAGUCACCUAGCGAAGAACACCACCGAAGACCACCAUCCUGCUAUCUGCGGAGCGAGUAAUCAAAAUCGGAUUAAUGUGUCUAACAGGGCUGGAAUUGCCUCUAUAUUAGGAUCACAACCUUUGAAUUAAUUCUGGUGUGCCUCACAAUGGACCUCGCCAGAAUUCAAAUGAAUCAUGUUUUAUUCUAAAUACUAGUUUAACUUCAAAGGUUGUGA